CCUCUCUUUCAUCUGUAAUGGAAGUUCAACCUCAACGUGUUUUGUCAUUCCGACAGCCAGACCAAGUCCACUUUUACCAAAAUACGCUUUCGAUUUCUGACACGUGCCCUUCAUUGAACUGUGCUCUUUCAGACUAUAAUCUAUCGCAGAUUCGCAGCACAAGGAAAAAAAAAAAAGAGUAGGCUCAAAGACCUCUCUAUCUCCGGUCCUAAGAGUGAUUCAGGUGCUCUCCUCCGAUUCUCCGAAUUCACACCGUCGCUGCGGUUCGAAGAAUUCUCCGAUUCUGACCUAUACCACAAGCACCUUUCUCGGUGUUCCGGAGAACGAAAAUGCUCUGCUCAGUUCCCUCUUCCGGAAAGUCCGGUACGAAUUGGCUCGACCGGCUCCGGUCCAACAAGGGCUUCCAGACCUCUGCCGACGAAGACAAUGUUGACAACAACCUCGGCCUCGACCACUUCCUCCAUAACCAAAACCCUAGCGAGUCGACCCGCUCCAACUCUGGCUUUACUCAGUCCGACCACGAACGAGUAGCUAAUCGGGCAGGGCACGGAGGUGGACAUCAACAGCAAGAAAAACUGUACAGUAUCAUGAGCAAUGUUCUCUCCGAGCUAUUCUUUAUGGACGGUGAUGCCCACAUCAAAAGCUCCAAACUUUCCGGCAAAAAGUUUCCCAGGAAACAAGCAAUCCCCAAAUCACUAACCACCUCAACCAUCAGUAAUACGCAUCUCCAACACCAGAAACAACAAGAAGUGAAGAGUCCCGCUUGUGCCUCGAAAGACGAUAAUGGCCCGCGAACGGCGUCGUUUAAUUCGGAUAACAGUUCGAAGGAAACGAAAGAAGGGAAUGUGGGAGAGGAGGAAGAGGAGAGGGUGGAGGAGGAGGAGGAUAAGGGAGAGAGAGAGCUAGUUGGAUAUUCGAGAAGUGAGGUGACGGUGAUCGAUACGAGUUUCGGGGUGUGGAAGAGUGACAAGGUGGUGUAUAGGAGAAAGAACACGUGGAAGGUUAGGGAGAAAAGAGGGAAAGUGAGGAGCUUUGGUAGGAAGAAGAGGAAAUUAGGGAGUGGUGUUCGUGGCAAUGAUAACGGUGAUGAUGAAAAUUUUGGUAGGGUGAUGAAGAAAACCAAGGUUUCGAGCUCGGAGUCUGUAGCGGCUUUGAAUCAAGGACAGAUUUCUCAGACAGACACAAGGGAAGAGGUUUGUAAAGACAAACCUGAUGUUCUUACUCAAGUCCCUAAAAAGAGGCAAGUGCACUUGCUAGCUGCGUUUCAUUUUUCCAGAUCACCCAGAAAAUCAAGAAAGGGAGGCUCACCAGUUAUCCUUAUUAAAGGAAUUCCCACAAGCAAGAAACAAGAUGAAAAGCCUCUUAGAAAGUGUCACAAAGAUGCUGAAAGAUAAAUCAAAGGCCUGAUUAAUAUGCUAUAAGAAAAUUUUGAAUUGGGCACAGCUGAGCGCUGAUAAUGCAAUCAGUAUCGGGUCCUAUUUGCUGCUGCUUGUAUCUGGAAGAAGUCAAGGAGUUCGAGGAUAACUCACACCUGGACGUAGAACUCCUCUACAAUUGGCUUAAUCAAUCAAACAUGGCGUGAGUAUUUAUUUCUUCCCUCAAUUGAAGAUAUCUAUUUGUUUUGUGACGGGUCUUUCUUGUGCACCUCCUAAUUCAAAAUUUGAGCAUAGAUAAUGCUUCUGCAUGGGUUAUUAUGACUGAUCACCAUUGCCCCCAUGCGUCAAACUGAAUGAAUGUGCUUUUGAACUA